CUUAUAACUCCAGGUGACACUGACCGGGGUUUAUGGGAUGAAAGAGGAGUGCGUGCUUGGAUGAUGGGGUGUGAUAUUGAAGGGGAGAAAGGUUUCUUCUCACACACUGACAUCGUGAGGUCUUCCUUGAGCUCUUUAGAGCCUUCCCUCGGGAUAGGAUGAAAUACUGAGAUCCUAGAAAGGAUUCACAAAACGUGUCACUCAUCACUGCAGAUUCAUCGAUUCACCCCUAGAUGUGUGUGGGAUUUGGAUAGCAGAGAGAAACAGGCACUGAAGAUUUUUGGUCAGGACAGGGCAGAGAAAUAAGGAGAAGAGUUGAAAAUUCACCAAAGGAUAGAUAAACCCGGGGCGUUUAGAGAAGACCUGUAGUGUGCAAAGGAGCCCAGAAUCCUGGGGAAACUUGGAGGGAAAUAUACUUAAUUUGGUUCAGUAAGUUAGGCCCAGUGAAGGGAUUGGGCGGCAUAGGUAGAAGCCGAAAAAUAAAGCAUCUUGCAUUGCUGGAGUAGCCUCUGUUUCUGAGGUCACAUCCGAACUUAGCGAGGCAGCUUAACCUGCUGAGACACAUGGGUUCAACUCCUGGCUCCUGCACUGCCAGGGCAGAGGACUGCCGUUUGCAGACACAAUCUUGGUGCAUUGGAGGUGAAAGGGAAGAGGCACUGGUGGCUGUGCUUUGGGCCCGAGCAGCCAGAAGCCAGUUGCCAUCACCUAUGACGAGGGAGACAGUGUCUGGGGCAGAGCCUAGUAUGGGGUGCAUUCAGGGUAGAUCACGAGGUAUGAGUGGGCAGUGGGCGAGCCAGGCUGGGGGUUGUGGGGGAGGCCUGGGUUGCAGGUGUAAGCGUGGGACCCACGUCAGAUGGGUGGCGGGUCACGCACGCUGGGCUGGCUCUCAGGUCCUCCCUGCUGGCUUCCCACUCCCAGGGGCUUUCUCCUCCCAAAUUCCUUAGCUGGGUGAGGGGCGGGACAGAGCCCUUUCCUAGGGAAGCCCGGCACCCCUUGCUGUCCAGGGAAGGGGAGUCCUUAUAGCCCCUGGCAGUUUCUCUGUCCCUCUCCUGGCCUCCCCAGGCCUAGCCAGGGCUGGGUUCUCACCCACCUGUGCCGCCCUGCCUUGUUACCCAGAAGCACAGCCUUGGGGACUAAGUGGGCCCUCACUGUCACUUUAAGAAGGGAAUCAGCCACCUUGUGUUCACCACCUCUGGGGAAGGUGUGAGAGGAGAGAAGGAAGUGGCUGUUUGGCUGCUGACAACAUGAAGACUUCCUGCGAUGAGAGCAGAGGCACAGGUGCCAGCCCUGCAGCCCCCAGAACCCAGACUGGAGGGGGCCAUGGGGCGCCGGACCCUGGCCCUGCCCUGGGUGCUGCUGACCCUGUGUGUCACUGCGGGGACCCCGGAGGUGUGGGUGCAAGUUCAGAUGGAGGCCGCUGAGCUCUCGUCCUUCACCAUCCGUUGUGGGUUCCUGGGGUCUGGCUCCAUCUCCCUGGUGACUGUGAGCUGGGGGGGCCCAGAUGGUGCCGGGGGGACCACGCUGGCUGUGUUGCACCCAGAACAUGGCAUCCGGCAAUGGGCCCCUGCUCGCCAGGCCCACUGGGAAACGCAGAGCAGCGUCUCUCUCGCCCUGGAAGGCUCUGGGGCCAGCAGCCCCCGCGCCAACACCACCUUCUGCUGCAAGUUUGCAUCCUUCCCUGAGGGCUCCUGGGAGGCCUGUGGGAGCCUCCCGCCCAGCUCAGACCCAGGGCUCUCUGCCCCGCCGACUCCUGCCCCCAUUCUGCGGGCAGACCUGGCCGGGAUCUUGGGGGUCUCAGGAGUCCUCCUCUUUGGCUGUGGCUACCUCCUUCAUCUGCUGUGUCGACAGAAGCACUGCCCUGCCCCUAGGCUCCAGCCGUCCCACACCAGCUCCCAGGCACCGAGAGCACGAGCAUGGGCACCCAGCCAGGCCUCCCAGGCUGCUCUCCACGUCCCUUAUGCCACUAUCAACGCCAGCUGCCGCCCAGCUACUUUGGACACAGCUCACCCCCGCAGGGGGCCGUCCUGGUGGGCGUCACUCCCCACCCACGCCACACACCCACCCCAGGGCCCUGCCACCUGGGCCUCCACACCCAUUCCUGCACGUGGCAGCUUUGUCUCUGUUGAGAAUGGACUCUAUGCUCAGGCAGGGGAGAGGCCUCCUCACACUUGUCCUGGCCUCACUCUUUUCCCUGACCCUCGGCGGCCCAGGGCCAUGGAAGGACGCUUAGGAGUUUGAUGAGAGAGACCAUGAGGCCACUGGGCUUUCCCCCUCCCAGGCCUCCUGGGUGCCACCCCCUUACUUAAUUCUUGGGCCUCCAAUAAGUGUCCCACAGGUGCCUAGCCAGACCCACCUGCUGCGGAUGUGGUCUGUGUGCAUGUGUGGGGGGGUGUGGGCACAGGUGUGAGUGUGUGAGUGACAGUUACCCCAUUCCAGUCGUUUCCUGCUGCGACUAAGUCAGCAACACAGUUUCUCUGACGUGGGCC